UGAUAGAAGAGCAGUAUGUUCCUUAUUUCAUUAUAUAACCCUAGAUGAACAUUCUCAAUAUUAAUUUUAAUCUAUGGAAUGAAACGUUUAUAACAGAACAAUCUAAAUAAUUAUGUUAUGCUGCGCUUCCUGCCCAACUACCAUUCCAAGAAUAUUUUUUAAUUUUCGACAGUUUUUAAGUAAAAAUUUCCAUAAAUCCGAUCUUUCUAUUGAUGAAGAAGAUAAACAAAUUUUGCAUUUUAAAGUGUGUAAAAGAUUAUCGACAAUACCUUCAGAUGGUGACAGUAUUGCCUCGUAUUAUAUCGAUGAAGAUAAAGAAAGACAAAUGUCACUCGAUUCAACAACAGCUUCGGAAAGGUCAUCGACCAGACAUCCCGAAAUAAUUCGUCUUAAAUCGACUUCAGACGAAAAAUACAAUUGUUUAAGGUUGUCUUUAUAUCAGAAUGAAAGUUUAAUAGAGCAGCAACUUGAACAAAAUAUCGAGAAUUCUACAGAAGAUGUCAUAAAAGCUCAGAAUUUUGGUUGGUUAGAAUUUUCGCUCCAGUAUUUGGAAAAAGAGAAAAAACUCGUCGUUCACGUAGAUAAAGCUGUAUCGUUGCCACCGAAAGGAACAAAAAUAUAUUAUGAUACUUUUGUUAAAGUCACGUUUCUUCCCUCAAGAAAGAAUGUACGAGUCACUAGAACCAUUAAAAGCACACUCAAUCCUCAUUUUCGAGAGGAUGUUUAUUUUAAUUUAUCGAAAGCUAGAAACGUGAAUGGGAGGCAUUUACAGCUUUCUUUGUACGAUUUCGAUCGUCAGGGACGACACGAUGCCAUCGGUCACGUGAUUGUACCAUUAAAAGAAGAGGAAAUGAAUGUCCUUACCAAUCACAGACUUCCUCUAACUCAUAAAUCUUUGCCAGUAGAUAAUCUCGGUCAACUAUUAUUAUCAUUUUCGUAUCUGGAAUCACACGAUCGAUUAUCCGUAACGGUAUUAAGAGGUAGUUCUUUGCGUUUGGAUUCAAUCUCUUCAAAAUUUCCCAAUAGACCAAUUGAGAGUUUUAACAGUUAUGUCAAAAUCACAUUAAGAUGUAGUGGAGCCAAGGUUAAAACAGUGAGGACUGCUGUAGUUCAUGGUACUAGUGAACCGAGUUAUAACCAAGUCUUUCAUUUUAUAGUUCCUUUAUGCUUUAUAGAAGAAGCAAGUAUAGUAACGACUGUUAUGGUAAAAGGUUUUUUAAGACAAGAUUCAGUUGUGGGUCGAGUGAUAACUGGACCAUAUAUAUAUGAACAAGAUCAGAAAUUAACUCAAUGGGGAUUUAUGCUGCAAGGAAAACGAGCUGUCGUCCAAUGGAGAACAUUAUAUCUUUAAUAGUUACAUUUAAAAGUAUUGUAAAUAU